GCUACUAAUGCUGCUACAACUAGUACAACUACUGCUGCUACUACUAGUACUACUAUUACUACUACUACAAAUACUGCUGCUGCUACUUCUAGUACUACUAUUACUACUACUACUACUGCUGCUACAACUAGUACAACUACUGCUGCUGCUACUACUAGUACUACUUUUACUACUACUACUACUGCUACACCUAGUACAACUACUGCUGCUGACAUUACUAGUACUACUACUACUACUACUACUACUACAACUAGUACAACUACUGCUGCUGCUACUACUACUAGUACAACUACUGCUGCUGCUACUACUAGUACUACUAUUACUACUACUGCUGCGACAACUAGUACAACUACUGCUGCUGCUACUACUAGUACAACUAUUACCACUACUACUGUUGCUACAACUAGUACAACUACUGCUGCUGCUACUACUAGUACUACUAUUACUACUACUACUACUACUGCUGCUACA